GCCGCCCCGGCCCUGGGGCUUCCUCGCCGGGUCGCUUCCACGCUUCGGCGGCGGGUGGGGGCCGCAGUAAACCUUGACAAAGCUAUGGGGAGUUUCUGGGGUCCCAAACAGGCUGGGGUCACAAUGGCAGCGAGGCAAAUUCACAUUUCCUACGCAACAUGCGUCCCAGUCAGCCUGUGCCCCACCCCCAGCCCGUAUGGCGCUCGGGGAGAAGCAGCAAAGGCGCCUCCGCGGGGCCCAGGCGGCAGGCAGGGUCAGCACAGAGGAGGAGGAGACGGGCCGGCCGGACACGGCGCUCUCGGCCUCCUAGGCAGAGCAGGCCCCGGCCUCGGCACUCAUCUGCCCGCUCAGCUGGUGCUCUUGUGCAGUGAGCAACAGGAGCAGCGCUUUCACAGAAGGGAGCGAAGCGCCCGCCGCAGGGAGCCGUGUUAUGACACCGUCACAGGAGAAGAGAGGAGAGCAUGUGACAGUAUGCCUAUAUUCCCCGCUGAGCCAAUCUUCGCUCAAGUUCACUACUUAGCACGACCACAAGCAGAGGUUGUUCUGUGCAAAAAUGAAGGAAAAGGAGGAAUUUCACAACCGGAAGCAGUGGAAGGAUUGAAGGAGUGGAUGAGAGACGGCAGACCACCGGUGACCACGGUGGGGUCCUUGCCAUCCUCCCACGCCAGUGGAGGAAAGAGGGGCAGAGCCCCAUGGAGCUCAGACGGGGACCACACUUGCCCAGUGUUACACAGCUGGCAAGCAGGGAUUAGAAUGCCGACCCACAUCCCUUGCCCAGCCACGGAGUUCCUCGCCAUUAUUCACCACCUCAGAGGCACCCAGAAGGAGAUAAUCAAAGAAAUCCUACCAGAUUUUUCCUACUAUGGCAGAAUCCUUUGCCUGUCGACCUGCCUGGAGAGCAUAACCUUGCUUUCAGCCUGUGACCUUCCUCCCCGGCUGUCCUCCAUCCUGAAGAUCUGAGGUUUACACUGUCCUUCUUAAUGUUUCGCCCCCCAAUACUGACAUCCUGGGCUGGGCUCCUUAUGAGCAUUUGCUUGCUGGGUAGUUGCUGGUUAAUUCACUAGUGUCUUCACCUUGUAACUUGUGAUGCUUGCAUGAUUCACAACAAGCACCAGGCUGAACUUGUGCCAUCCAUCAUGUGCAGCUGGCCUCCUGGGUGCGUUUCUCCCAGCUAUAAGCUCAUGGUGCUGUCUCCUGAUGGCUUCUGUCCCUAGAGCUGUUCCUGAUGACUGCUGGCCCCGAGGCUAUCGCCUAAUGACUUUGUUCCCUGAGGCUGUCCUCAACUGCGGCUGUCCCUGGGGCUGCUCCCAGAAUUCUGGGUGAUACUCCGCUAAGGAGGAUUAGGCAAUCAAGCCACAGAAUUAUAGGCUGGAGAAGGAAGGAAGCUCUGAGUGGGAAGAGGACUUGGUAGUGCAGUGACAACGCAUCUCUGUUUGUUGAAGACACCCCCACUUGUCUAUGGUACCAGUAUGAUUUUUACAAAAUCCUCUCACUCUCGAGCACUGCCUCAGGGUGGUUGAUAAAUUAUGCAUGAUCACCCUACUUUAGGGGUCACCUAAAGUGGAUUGAGCUCAACCCUGACAAUCUUUUCUUCCUAUAGAUAUUCUUGCUGUUUGAUGUACAAAACAAAAAAGAGAGAUGUUCUAGAAAAGGGGUGGAAGAGGUUGAAGCCCCCCCAUUAUCACUCCCGGCCCCACCCACCUGCUAUGACAGUCCCUCCGCCAGCCAGUGGGAGCCUUAGAUCUCAGCGCGUCACCUAGGAUACCUCCUGUUCUGACAGACACAGAAACUGGGGUUAAGGGGCUCAUGAAGGUCAUACCACUGGGUUAGUAUAGAAGAGCCUGACUAGAACGCAGAUAUGCAAAACCCACCGCGAAUUCUCCAUCAUACCAAAACUCCUCCCCACUUACCAAAUGGUUUUAAGACGAAGAAGCCAAGUGCUGAAUACUGUGCGAGCUAGCCACAUGUGUGUGUAUAAUUUUUUCUUAGAAGAUAUAUCUCUCUUCUUGUACACACUUUCUUGGUGUGACUUGUUUUGCUUACCAAAACGACCCCCAGUUCCAUCCAUGUUACUGCAGACAGCAGGGUUUUUCCUUUCUAUGGCUGAAUAGUAUUCCACUGUAUAAAUA